UGACUGAGAGGCGGAUUCGCCGACAUGCAGUGGGCGGGCUUUCUGUGACAGGAGGAAGAAGGCUUGUGAGUGGCAGCGGGAACAAGCUUCAGAAGCCGGCUGGUCCUCUCUCUUCCUACCUCUGUUACAAAGAUCCGGAUCUAUGGCGAACAAAGGGAUGAAUCUCUGCAAUGUGUGCUGCCUGCUUCUUUACGUUAUCACGGCGGUGCUGGCGGGGCGAGAUUUCUAUAAGAUCUUGGGGGUGAGCAAGAGUGCCUCCAUCAGGGACAUCAAGAAGGCCUACAGGAAGCUGGCUCUGCAGCUACACCCCGACAGGAACCAGGACGACCCCAAAGCUCAAGACAAAUUUGCAGACUUGGGGGCAGCUUAUGAGGUGCUCUCAGAUGAGGAGAAAAGGAAACAGUACGACACCUACGGAGAAGAUGGACUCAAAGAAGGUCACCACGGCUCACACAACGAUAUCUUCUCCAGCUUCUUUGGUGACUUUGGGUUCAUGUUUGGAGGCAACAGACAGCAGGACAGGAACAUCCCCAGAGGAAAUGACAUCAUACUAGACCUGGAGGUCACGCUCGAAGAGGUGUAUUCCGGGAACUUUGUUGAGGUUGUACGUAAUAAGCCUGUAGCCAAAGAAGCCCCUGGUAAGAGGAAGUGUAACUGCAGACAGGAGAUGAGGACGACACAGCUCGGACCUGGCCGCUUCCAGAUGACUCAGGAGAUGGUGUGUGAUGAGUGUCCCAAUGUAAAGCUGGUAAAUGAAGAGAGGACCUUGGAGGUAGAAAUUGAGCAGGGAGUGAGGGAUGAAAUGGAGUACCCUUUCAUUGGAGAAGGGGAACCUCACAUCGAUGGAGAGCCUGGAGAUCUACGUUUCCGCAUCAAAGUGUUGAAACAUCCUGUGUUUGAACGCAGAGGAGAUGACCUGUACACCAACGUCACCAUCUCCCUGGUGGAGGCACUGGUCGGCUUUGAGAUGGACAUUGUACAUUUGGACGGACACAAGGUCCAUAUAUUGAGAGAUAAGAUCACCAAGCCCGGUGCUCGGAUGUGGAAGAAAGGAGAGGGCCUGCCGAAUUUCGACAACAUAAACAUUCGAGGUUCCCUCAUCAUCAGCUUUGAUGUGGAGUUUCCUCAGACGCAGCUUGACGAAAACCAGAAAGCUGGAAUUCGGAGUCUUCUGAAGCAGGGAUCUGUACAGAAGAUUUACAAUGGACUACAAGGAUACUAACACACUGACACACACUGCCUGGACUGAGUUAUCUGACACACACACACACACACACACACACACACACACACACAUCCUCAAUCAACAGGAGGGUGCUCCGUAAUUCUGGCCAGGGUGUAUUUAUUAUUUUCAGAUUGUUCUCAGGAUGGUUCGAACCCAAUUUAUUUUUUAAAGUUGGAGAUGUUUUUAUUUGAAAGUGUAUAAAAUGGAAAGGACGCCAUGUUUUCGUUGUUCUUGUCCCCACUUUGUAAUAAGACCUUUUUUGUUUCUUUUCAAAAUCAAAAUGACAAACUGCACCCGAGAAGAAAACAACCUCUGAACAACGUUCAACCUGUGCAAGAUCAGAAGAUUUUCUAUUUUUCUUCGUGUCUGAAUGUAACAGCUUCACCUGUUGAGUUCCCUGAUAUUUGUGUUGCUCUGGUCAGAUUCCUGUUCAAUAAUACUGUAAAUAGGGAGGAACAAAGCUCAUCUGUUUGUUGUGUUUUAGUUUUCCUAAUUUAUGUCGGCUCUGACUCCGUCUGCAUUCGACACGUUGCGGCAGGAGAAGUGUCGGCAUUGCACAGCCCCCAGGUUCACUGUGACAGGAGUUGACCUCUUCAGUGAAACAGUGAAGUUUUAUUCUUGUGGAGGAAUGUUUGCACAUCCUCCAGUGCCACUGUAAAAAAAAAAAAACAA